UUCCCUAUCUCCAUCGCGAAUCGAUCCUAGACAGCUGCGACUUCGAAGGCUCCUGGACUGAGAAAGCUUCACAUCUUCGUUGGACAUGGCGUCAGCGUGCGUGGCGAGUGGCAGCCAAAGCAGCUCGCUGACGUCUCCUGGCUCGGAUGUGACUACUGCGAAGGAGCUAGAGAAGCUCAUGGCGAAAAAGAGCUCGUUUGAGAAAGCGGUGAAGGACCUGACAGCCCUCUUGGCCUCGCAGUUCCCCUCAUCCCCUCCCGGCGAGCAGCAGCAGAUGGUCUCAGCCGUCCAUCGCGCAGCCACCCUCCUCAAGACCCGCUACACCACACGCGGCUUCUGGGCGGCGGGGCUUAUCCUCUUCCGCACGGCCCGGACUGUGGUGGGGGAGGUCGCGGAGCGCAACCGCAUCCAGCAACACAUCAAGUCCGCGCAGGAGUUUCUGGGGGAAGGGGAGGAAGGGGGGGAAGGGGGGGAAGAAGAUGGGGAGCGGGGAGACGAUGGAGGGAGGAGAGUAGGUGGGGGAAGAGGAGGAGGGGUAGGGGAGCAGGGAACGGAGAGGCCUAGUGACGUGAGAGAAGGUGGGGGAGGUGUUCUCAGCGCUGCUUCUCCUUCCUUCCAGUUCGAGGGUCAGCUGACUGCAGCAGCGGAGCCGCCACGGCCUGACUGGCUCGUGGCUCAGACGCUGCUGAACACCCUCGUAGCAGCGCAGCAGCAGAGGGACUUGGACGCCUUAGCUCCUGACAGCAAUCCCCAGCAAGAAGAAGCAGACCCCCCUCCAGCCACUCCUGCAGCAGGGCUACUUUCAGGGGGGAUGGAAGCACAGACAGCCACGGCUCUGGAGGACCUUCUACGGGAUGUGAUUGCAAGGGGGGGAGCGGAUGACCUGCUAACUCCCGGCCUGGCAGAGGCGUUAGAAGCGAGCAUGCAGGCGUCGCAGCCGCCCUCCGCCCCGCCUGCCUCCAAGCGAGCGGUGAAGCAGCUGCCAGUGCUCGUGUACACACAGUCAGGGGUGGUGCCCUUGGAUGGGGGUGGUGUGAGCGGGAGAGGGGCGGAGGGGAGUGAUGUCAGUGGUGGGAGCAGCAGUAGUGGCAAGGGGAGCAACACUGGGAAUGGCUCUGGUUUGGAGGGGAAAGGGUCAAGUGGGGAGGGGGAUGUGGAGGUAGGGCAGGGGGGUGGGGAGGGGAGUGGGGAGGGUAGUGGGGAUGGGAGUGUGGACGAGUGCAGUGUGUGCAGGGAGAAGUGGGAGGUUGGUGACAAGCUGAGGGAAAUGCCGUGCAGCCAUCGGUUUCACGUGGACUGCCUGCAACCAUGGCUGGAUGAGCACAACUCGUGUCCUCUGUGUCGUUACGAGAUGCCAACAGACGACCAUGCUUAUGAGAGGCGCAAGGAGCGGGAGAAGGAAGAAGAGGAAGAGAGCAGAGGGGCCGCAAAUGCAGUGAAAGCAGGGCAAUACAUGUACAUGUGAAAUGUGACAGUUCCACCAAAACGUUAUGGUACACGUUGAUCGGUAUCACUGUACAUGGCAUGAACUUCAUUCUCCGCGAUAGUAUUGAUAUGGUUGUCAUAGCUCAGGGCUGAAAGUCUUGGGAACUGCAAGGGGCUGGCAACUUUCGGAGCCCCCUGCCAGUCCUUCGUGCACCUUGGACAUUGGUGUGCCAUCAUGCCGCGCUGGCCCCGUCGCGCCGCACGGGCCACGCUUCCGUCGCGUACCCGUCCUUACUUCGCCGCCGUCGCGGCCUUCCUACUGCCUGCCGCCAUGGCACCUUUUCCAAGAUGCCGUGGCGGCCUUUGCGUGCUGACGUCCCGGCGUUGACGAGCAGCCGCGGCUCCGACGCCACGCUGUGGUGGCGUCGUCGUGGUGCCGUGGCUGUGUCGUCGGCCUGUUGCCGUCGCGCACCAGCUGCGUCGCUGCUGGAAUUGCAGCCCGCCCGCCCGCCAGUAGGCGCCGCGCCAGCAAUGGCGCCGUGCUGAAGAUCCGAAGCCCCGCCCCUUCCCCCUUUCCUCUGUCCCCCCCUCUUCGCCACAGCCGCCGCCUGACUCUCGCCCGUCGUCCCCCUGUCGCGGAGUUUGGACAUGUGUCGGAAGGGCGGGGGCCGCUGCCGUUACCGCCGUCGUAAGCCGAAGCUGUCGACGUCGCCACUGUCGUCGCCGCAGGCCUGUUGCCACCGCACGCCCGUCGUCGCCGUCGCUGUCGCCGCUGCCGGGACGGCCGACGUCGCCAUCUCCAGGGCCUUGGGGUUGGCCCUGCUGGAGUUGCCGUGGCUGAUGGGAAUGGGGGUGCUAGGUUAGGGGGGGUGGGGGUGUGUGGGUCCUUGCUACCAAGCCUAGGGGGUGUGUUAAAUUAUAUAUAUUAGUAUAUAAUUGUAGGCUUGGUAGUCGUUACUGAACAUUACUGUAGAGGGUACAACACCCCUCCUUGUAUCCCUCUCUUCUUUUCUA